AUAAAGAUAGACGUCUGACGCGCAUUCGCAGAUAUUGGAAGCCGGUUAUAUUACCGUUUUCUGCCCUUCAAAUGACACUGUUCCUGUGGUUAUCAUAGUGCACGGUACUGUACCUCUCUUUAAAUAAAAAACAACAUGAGUAAAAUCGGAAUCAACGGAUUUGGCCGUAUCGGUCGUUUGGUUUUGAGGGCUUCCAUUGAACGAGGAGCAACGGUCGUUGCUGUCAAUGACCCCUUCAUCGGUCUAGACUACAUGGUCUACAUGUUCAAAUAUGACUCCACACACGGAAAAUUCAAGGGAGAGGUCAAGGCUGAAGGCGGUUGCUUGGUCGUCAACGGUAACAAAAUCAUUGUCUACAGCGAGCGGGACCCCAAGGCUAUUCCCUGGGGAAAAGCUGGCGCCGAGUACGUCGUAGAAUCCACUGGUGUCUUCACCACCAUCGCCAUGGCUUCCGCUCACUUGGAAGGCGGCGCUAAGAAGGUCAUCAUCUCUGCUCCAUCAGCUGAUGCACCGAUGUACGUUUGCGGAGUCAAUCUUGAUGCCUACGACCCAACCGCCAAAGUCGUUUCCAACGCUUCCUGCACAACCAACUGCUUGGCUCCACUUGCCAAGGUCAUCCACGACAACUUCGAAAUUGUUGAGGGUCUUAUGACCACCGUUCAUGCUACAACUGCUACCCAGAAGACCGUCGAUGGACCAUCUGGAAAGUUGUGGCGAGAUGGACGUGGUGCCGCGCAAAACAUCAUCCCAGCUGCCACCGGAGCAGCCAAGGCUGUAGGAAAAGUCAUUCCAUCCCUGAACGGAAAAUUGACUGGAAUGGCCUUUCGCGUUCCAGUCGCCAACGUUUCAGUUGUUGACUUGACAGUCCGUCUUGGAAAGCCAGCCAGCUAUGACCAGAUCAAGGCCAAGGUGAAGGAAGCUGCCGCCCCAGGCAGUCCACUCCAUGGAAUUUUGGGAUACACCGAAGAUGAAGUCGUCUCUUCCGACUUUGUUGGUGACACCCACUCGAGCAUCUUCGACGCCAAGGCCGGAAUUCCCUUGAACGAGUCGUUCGUCAAGCUCAUAUCGUGGUACGACAACGAAUUCGGUUAUUCCAGCCGUGUUAUUGAUCUUAUCAAGUUCAUGCAAACCAAAGAUCAGUAAAUGUUGAGAGUUGGAAUCUCAAUGUAUUCACGCUGACCUCGUUCAGCCAGCAGCUGAAAGCUCGUCGAUUCGAGCCUACGGAUGCAAGAGCGUUUUAUUAAUUCUGGUCACAAUAAAUCAGUAGUGUCGUAAAAGAAUUUGAGGAAGAGAGCGGAAGAACUUUAGAGAUUUCGCAUCAAAUGCUUGUUGCAUUCAAAGAUUUUAGAAAUUAAAUUUGAAAUUGAAUCUACGCUCUUUAAAAAUCUUUUAAUUUAUCAUUGAGUCUUGUGACUUUAAACAUAAUUGUAUGUGCGUCAUUUGAAAAUUUAGGUUUUAUCAUCCAAACUGUACAAUGUCUAGCAAUUUUGUGCACUUUACUUUGUCAAUAGCCUUUUUUUUCUUUCUGUCAUUAACUUCAAUAAAGGUUAUCAUAUCGU